AUGUCGAAACAACCAGAAGAAAAUGCUAGUUCUAGUAGUAAAGAAAGCAAAUUCAAGGCCUUCUUCAAAGAUGUUAUAACACCAAGAAAGCCACCAUGUCAAGAAGAGCUAAAUUCUGACAUGCGAAAUGUUAUGCUAGUCGGAGCUGCGCUGAUCGCGACCGUGACCUUCCAAGCUGGAAUCACCCCACCUGGUGGAGUUUGGCAAAGCGAUGAUAUUCUGGGACAUAGAGCUGGGCAUGCUGUUUAUUCUGAUCAGAAAAUCCCUUUCCAGAUUUUCCUGAUAUGUAAUACUAUUGCACUAACGUCCUCCAUUUUUAUCUUAUUAUGUCUAACCUUUAGGUACCCUUAUUUCUUGGAAGUUUUGAUUGCUUCAAUUUCUAUGAUGGGCACUUACAGUUCUGGGAUAUAUUGCAUUACACCUUAUGAAUCAGUGUCGUUUCGCCUCAUCUUCGUCGCUGCUCCUGCACCAGCUAUAAUACGGUUCGUCAUAUGGGUGGUUGCCUCUGCAUUUCGCCAUCGACGAAAAAGUGUUAGCUGGUUCAAGAAAUUUCAGUAUGAUAAAAAGAGAGACUCGCCAAGUGAAGCUAGAAAUGUUUUGCUAGUGGUUGUGGCCUUGAUUGCAGCAGUGACUUUCCAAGCUGGGGUGAACCCUCCUGGAGGGGUCUGGCAAGAUGGAGAUCAUGCAGGAAGGGCAAUUUAUGCAUCUCAAAAACGUGCUUACUAUGUUUUCUUGCUAUCAAACACCUUGGCACUCUCUGCAUGCAUACUUGUCAUUACAUCUCUCACUUACAAGUUCCCUUUGCAUUUUGAAAUAUGGGUUGCUACAGCUUCAAUGAUGAUAACUUAUGCAUCGGCAGUUUUUGCUGUUACCCCUCAUGAAUCUGUGCAUUUUCGCUAUCUUUUACUUGCAGCUUCUGUGCCUUUUGUCAUAAGGCUUUUGAGUUAUCUCUUCAAGAAGUACUGUAGAAGUGAGAAAGAGAGUCAAAUAGGUAGUCAGGCUGAUGGAGAGAAGAAGGAUCAAAAAGAUGGGCAAGCUGGUCAACAAGUGUAG